AUGGGAAUGUGGGAGGAAGCGAGUGACCCAGUGAUGGGGAAGAAGGAUAAAAAUGAGGAGCGGAAGGAGAGAAUCCUGAAUCUCACACUGGAGAUUAUCUAUCUGCUGACUGGAGAGGGCUACGUCAUCCCUAAGAAGAAGAGCCCAACUGUGGGUUUGGGGGCCCUGCAUGCCCCUGGCUCCGUCAUACAGAAGGAAAAUGACAAGAAGAUCCUGGAACUCAUCUCCAACAUCAUCCAGCUGCUGACUGGAGAGGUUGCCAUAAGGUGUGAGGAUGUUUCCAUCUAUUUUUCCUUGGAGGAGUGGGAGUAUAUAAAAGGAAACAAGGCCCUUUACAGGGAAGGGAUAAAGGAGGAGGAGCCCCAGCAGCUCCGCCCACUGGCAGCCUGUGAGUAUAAAGAUGGGAGCGAUGUUACAGCACAUACGGAAGCAACUUUAUGUUGUAAUAAUGAUGGGAAUCUCACAAACCCUGAUGUUUCUCCAGCGGAACAGCCCCCACCGGCCAAUGGGAUUAAAGAGGAACAGCCCCCACCAGCCAAUGGGAUUAAAGAGGAGGCGGCUUCAUGGGAAGGAGGAAACCAAUCGGAUUGCAGCAUUAAUCCCCUUACAGAACAGAUACAGGGAACAGACACACCUACUCCUAUCAUGGGGUGCAGCCUGGGUAGCAGCCCCUUUAAAAUGCAGUGUAAUAAAUAUAAUGAAAAUGCCUCUAUGCCUCCACAUGAAUCUCACAUAGCAAAAACUACAUUACGUGGGAAAUACAGCCACAAUGAGCGCCACAAACAUUACAGUCAAAAGAAAGACUUUGAUAAACAUCACAGAACCCACACAGGGGAGAAACUUUUUUCCUGCUCUGAAUGUGGGAAAUGUUUUUCCAGACGAUCAAACCUUGAUCGUCAUCACAGAACCCACACAGGGGAGAAACCAUUCAUCUGUUCUGAUUGUGCGAGAUGUUUUGCCAGUUCAGCAGAACUUACUGUCCAUCGACGGCGAAACCACACAGGGGAGAAACCAUUUUCUUGUUCUGAAUGCGGGAAACGUUUUGCCAGUUCAUCAGACCUUACCGUCCAUCAACGGCGAAACCACACAGGGGAGAAACCUUUUUCGUGUUCCGAGUGUGAGAAAUGUUUUGCCAGCUCAUCUGAACUUACAAUCCAUCGACGAACCCACACAGGGGAGAAACCUUAUUCUUGUUCUGAAUGUCAGAAAUGUUUUGUUUCUUCAUCGGACUUUACUGUCCAUCGGAGAACUCACACAGGGGAGAAACCAUUUUCCUGUUCUGAAUGUGGGAAAUGUUUUACUACAUCAUCAGAACUUACUUCCCAUCGACGACGAAUCCACACAGGGGAGAAACCUUUCUAUUGUUCUGAGUGUGGGAAAUCUUUUGCCUCUUCAUCAGAACUCACUGUCCAUCAGAGAACUCACACAGGGGAGAAACCAUUUUUAUGUUCUGAUUGUGGGAAAUGUUUUACUAGAUCAUCAGCGCUUACUUUCCAUCGACUGCAAAUCCACGCUGGAUGUGGGAAAUGUUUAUAAUAUUGAUAAAUAGGCCCCUUAAUGGCCAUGCAUAAAAAACCAACACAAUGGAGAAACAAUUUUCCUGUUUUGAAUGUGGACAAAGUUUUAAAAGUCAGGCAUCAGCCAAAUAAUAUAUCCAAUUAUAUCUUAAUAAGUAUUCCAAAGUUAAAGAGGAGUGGAGCAAGUUUGUGCUUCAUAAAAUAGGACAGAAUUUAGACAGAUACUUUGCAACUGAAGACUCCGGGGCCUGAUGGACACAGGUGAUGCUAAGACAGGUUCCCAUAAUGCUCUUUCCACGGCACUGGCUCACCAUUGGGAACUGAGGGACCUCAUUUCAUGCUUAGUUCCCAGGCACUGGAAUAUAUCUCCGCCCCCCACCAACAGAUAAUAUUCUGGGUUUUAUUGAACAAGAAGGGACAUAUUCCAAGGGGUACGAGCCCCCCAGGGUAUCACUUGGGCAGAUGCUGUUCCCUAAUGCUCACACAGUAGGUAACAUAAUGGGGAUAUACCCAGCUGGGAAUGACUUGCCGGGUACAAAUAUUCUUACUGUAGCUUAGAAGAGGGUAAUAAAUGUACAAGGUAAAUACAAAACUUGUAAAACAAUUUUCUUCACUAAUAACAUUAUGCCAGUGACAAGAGGACGUCUAUUGAGAUGACAGGAAAUGAGGUUACACCAUUUGCAUAGGAAGUGACUUCACAUUAAAAAAAAAUUUGUGAAAUUCUAGUUUUUAUUCUUGGCAGUAGGAAAUGAAUCAAGUGUGGGGAAUUAGUAGCCGAAUUCAGUAGUGGUUGAAUUCAUAUAUAUAUAAAGCCGGCCAUACACACAGAUUUUAGUCUUCUUCCGACGAACGUUUGGAUAUCGAUUGUAAGUUUAAAUGCAACGAUCUAAAACUCACAUUCAGACUGAUAUUGUAGGAUAAAGCCAUAAACAUAACCAAUGGAAGGGGGUUCUGAACAUGAAAUAGUUACAGGCACCAAUGGUAGGAAAGUGACUCCUGCAGCCUGUGAGUAUAAAGAUGGGAGCGAUGUUACAGCACAUACGGAAGCAACUUUAUGUUGUAAUAAUGAUGGAAAUCUCACAAACCCUGAAAUUUCUCCAGCGGAACAGCCCCCACCAGCCAAUAGGAUUAACCUGUAUGCUUCAAGCCACGCCCCAGUUUCAUAUCUCCCAUAUUUUUUCUAUCUCCGCUUUAAAAUAAAAAUGUGUUUGCUAGAUGUUUUUAAUUAUGGUAUUACUCCUCCUAUAACUCUAUUCGCUUAUUGUAUCUUUAGCAGAACAGCCCCCACCUGCCAAUGGGAUUAAAGAGGAGGCGGCUUUAUGUGAAGGAGAAAACCAAUCAGAUUGCAGCAUUAAUCCCUUUACAGAAAAGAUACAGGGAACAGACACACCUACUCCUAUCAUGGGGUGCAGCCUGAAUAACAGCUCGGCAGUUAAUAAUAUAUCAACUGAUAUUAAAAAAGAAGCAGCUUCAUGGGAAGGGGAAAACCAAUCAGAUUGCAGAAUUAAUCCCCCUACAAUACAGAUACAGGGAAAAGACACACCUACUCCUAUCAUGGGGUGCAGCCUGGGUAGCCGCCCCUUAAAAAUGCAGUGUAAAAAAUAUAAUGAAAAUGCCUCUAUGCCUCCACAUGAAUAUCACAUAGCAAAAAGUACAUUACGUAAGAAACACAGCCGCAAUGAGUGUCGUAAACAUUCCAGUCAAAAGAGAGACUUUGACAAACAUCAAAGAACACACAAAAGUGAGAAAACUUUUUCCUGCUCUGAAUGUGGUAAAUGUUUUUCAAGACGAUCAAACCUUGAUCGUCAUCACAGAACCCACACAGGGGAGAAACCAUUCAUCUGUUCUGAUUGUGCGAGAUGUUUUGCCAGUUCAGCAGAACUUACUGUCCAUCGACGGCGAAACCACACAGGGGAGAAACCUUUUUCCUGUUCUGAGUGUGGGAAAUGUUUUGCCAGUUCAUCUGAACUUACUGUGCAUCGACGAACCCACACAGGGGAGAAACCUUAUUCUUGUUCUGAAUGUCAGAAAUGUUUUGUCUCUUCAUCGGACUUUACUGUCCAUCGGAGAACCCACACAGGGGAGAAACCAUUUGCCUGUUCUGAAUGUGGAAAAUGUUUUACUACAUCAUCUGAACUUACUUCCCAUCGACGACGAACCCACACAGGGGAGAAACCUUUCUAUUGUUCCAAGUGCGGGAAAUCUUUUGCCUCUUCGUCAGAACGUACUGUCCAUCAGAGAACUCACACAGGGGAGAAACCAUUUUUAUGUUCUGAUUGUGGGAAAUGUUUUACUAGAUCAUCGGCGCUUAAUUCCCAUCGACUGCAAAUCCACACUGAAUGUGGGAAAUGUUUAUAAUAUUGAUAAAUCAGCCCCUUAGUGGCCAUACAUAAAAAAAAAACACACACACAAGGGAGAAACCAUUUUCCUGUUUUGAAUGUGGACAAAGUUUUAAAAGUCAGGCAUCAGCCAAAUAAUAUAUCAAUUAUAUCUAAAUAUGUAUUUAAAAAGUUAAAGAGGAGAGGAGCAAGUUUGUGCUUCAUAAAAUAGGACAGAACGUAGACAGAUACUUUGCAACUGAAGACUCCGGGGCCUGAUGGAUGCUAAGACAGGUGCCCCAUAAUGCUCUUCCCACGGCAUUGGCUCCCCAUUGGGAACUGAGGGACCUCAUUUCAUGCUUAGUUCCCAGACACUGGAAUAUAUCUUCCCCUCCUCCCAACAGAUAAUAUUCUGGGUUUUAUUGAACAAGAAGGGACAUAUUCCAAGGGGUACGAGCCCCCCAGGGUAUCACUUGGGCAGAUGCUGUUCCCUAGUGCUCACACAGUAGGUAACAUAAUGGGGAUAUACCCAGCUGGGAAUGACUUGCCGGGUACAAAUGCUCUUACUGUAGCUUAGAAGAGGGCAAUAAAUGUAUUCCAAUAUGUACAAGGUAAAUACAAAAGUUGUAAAACCAUUUUCUUCAUUAUUAACGUUAUGCCAGUGACAAGAGGACGUCUAUUGAGAUGACAGGAAGUGACUUCACAUUAAAAAACAUUCUGU